AUGGACAAAUCAUCAGAAGUCGGGAUCGGUGGCGAGGUCACCGAGAAACGUGACGAGUUUGUUUUACCAGAGCUUCAGGAGUACCAUGACCUCCAGGCUAAAUUCGACGAGAAUCGUGUCAAGUCGCUUCUGCGUCGAGUUGAUAUACGCCUAAUGCCCCCCUUGGCGAUCUUGUAUCUUGUUGCUUUCAUCGAUAGAUCGAACAUUGGAAAUGCAAGGCUUCAGGGUUUAGAGAAAGACCUAAAUCUUAGUCCUCAGCAAUAUGCCUGGUGCUUGACCAUCUUCUUUUUCCCUUAUGCUUUGUUCGAGGUUCCAAGCAAUAUCAUGCUCAAGUUGCUGCGCCCAUCUAUUUGGCUGACAAUCAUUGUCUUCGGAUGGGGUAUUGUCAUGACAGUCAUGGGGCUCUGCCAAAAUUAUUCUGCACUCCUGGCAUGUCGUUUCUUUCUUGGAGUGUUCGAAGCCGGUCUCUUCCCAGGCUGUACUUUCAUUACUACCGCCUGGUACAAGAGGUUUGAGGUCCAGUAUCGUGUCGCCCUUUUCUAUUCUGCAGCAUCACUCUCUGGUGCCUUUUCUGGGCUUCUUGCUUUUGCUAUCGGUAACAUGGCAGGCGUUCGCGGCUACAGUGGCUGGAGAUGGCUUUUUAUUCUUGAAGGCAUUGCCACUUGUGUUGUUGCCUCCAUUUGCUAUUUCUUCAUUCCAGACUCACCCGGUUCGGCAAAGUGGCUUUCGCCAGAAGAAGCACGAUUCUUGGAGCUACGAUUGCAGUUUGACGGCCACGACAAAGGUUACAAGGAGGGAGGCUUUGAAUGGAAGUAUCUUAUCCAAGGUUUCACUGAUGCUAAGGUCUACAUAGGAACUAUCAUAUUUGGAGCCAUCUGCAUCUGCACAUAUGCGCUCUCAUACUCUCUCCCUACCAUGAUUAACCUCCUCGGCUACAGCGCUGCCAACGCUCAACUUCUCACCAUUCCCGUCUACGCCUUUGGCUGUAUCAUCUGCGUCCUCAACUCAGUCCUGUCAGAUCGCUACAAGCACCGCGCCGCCUUCAUCAUCGCCCCCAUGGGAAUGACAAUGAUAGGGCUUAUUAUCGGCAUGGCCGUCGAUCCCACCAAACUUCCUGGUGUCAUUUACUUUGCCCUCUUCCUGGUUGCCGGUGGUAUCUUCUCCGGUAUCCCCACCACCGUCGCAUGGACCUCCAACAACCUCGCGGGACAAUGGAAGCGCGCCGUCGGAAUGGCCCUCCAGUUUACCCUGGGAAAUCUCGUGGGCGGAACCGUGGGUUCGAAUAUAUUCCUGGUUAAAGAGAAACCAAAAUAUAUGACCGCCUACUCGGUGCUAUUUUCAGUUACCGCCUGUGCAUUCUUGAGCGGAUGGGCACUGUUAUUCUGUAUUCGGAGAUGGAAUGCCCAGAAAGCUUCGCUGGUGGAGCAGGCGGAGAGAGAGGGGAGGGAUUUGGAUGCUGAGUGUAAGGAUCUGGGAGAUAAGAACCCUUACUUUAAGUAUACCCUUUGA